AUGAGCGUGAGCUGGAUCAUGAUGGUCUUCAUGAUGCUGUUGCCCUGUGCCAACGGUGUCAAGACGGACUUCAACGAGACCUCGGAGUGUUACAACUCAACGGUCUUGAAGGGGCUUACGGACCUGCACGCUACCGUGGUCCUCGUGGGCGAGGGUUUCACGGAGAUCGUCGAUGGCUUCGAGGGCGAGGCCAUCUUCGGCGACAUGGAAUUCUUGUGCUUCCUGGUGCUGGCCUUCUUCUGCUCCGGAGGCGGCUUCGCCGUUCGCUCCGGCGCAUUCUGCGCCAGGGAUGCCACUACAUGGCUCAUGCCACCUCGCGUCUGCGCCUGGGGCAGGAGCAACACCUUAGGCUGCAUGGGACUGGACCCGUGCGUCCAGACCGUUACGGCCAGCACGUCCACAUGUCCGAGCCCGGGGCCAUUGCUGAACUUCAGGGUCGUGGAUGUUGUGACACAUUUCGACGCGUGCGACAUGAUGCACGCGCGUGCUUUCACCUGGGUGCUGAGCUUCUUCAUCCGGGUCGACUUCUUCCUCUCCUGGGUGCUGUUCUUCUUCAUCUUGGACGACGUCUUGUGCGGCAUCCUCUUCAGAUUGUGGGUGGGUGUCUUCGCCUGGGCGCUGUGCUUCUUCAUCCGGGUCUUCUCUUUCACCUGGGUGCUGCACUCCUUCAUCGUAUCCUUUGGCGGCGCCUUCGACAUGCACCGCACUGUGGCCACCGAGCUGAGCCACGUCCUCAAGAUCAGCCUGACCAUGUUCGACCGUCUCCUGGGCAGCCAGGGCCGCUGGGCUCUCAGCUUCGCGGAGGCGGCGGCGAUCAGGGAGGCACAGCGCCAGUCGGCGCGCGAGGAGGGCCUCCUGGGCGCUCUCCAGAAGAUUGUGGCGCGCGCCAAGGACAACGACACCGCGUCCUUGCUCUCCAAGCUCAAGGCGGUGGUGGCGGUGGCUGCUGAUGGACGGCUCGACCGCUCAGGCAGCUCACGGGCCUCGCCGCAGGCCACGCCCAAGGCCUCGCCGAAGGCCAAGCCCAAGGCCGCCUCCAAGGCGAAGCCGCAGCCUCGCUCGGCCGCCCCCCAGCGCGAGCACCUGCUCGGCGCCCCCCCCCCCCAGGCUGCGGCGCAUUCGCCCAGCUUCAAGCCCACGCAGCUCUUCCCAGCGCAUUGGCGCGGCACUGUCGUGGACAAACUCGACGCCCUGUUCGAGGUGCAAGCUGGGCAUCAUCUGACUUACGGGGUGUGUGACAAGGUCCCUGCAGGCCUUGUUGGCCACACCAUGCCCGAACGGGCCACGAUCUCGGUGCUCCUCAGGGCCCCGGACCCGCUGGCAGCGACUGUCCGAGCGCCCGCCCUCGACGGCAAGGGCGCCCCCAAGGUGGUGACCCUUUACCUCCGACAGUUUGGGGCGCCUGCAGCAGCCGUGCGCUGGACUACCCAGGAAUGCAAGCCCCUGCCAGCCGCGGUGACCACCAGGGUCUUGCGGCUCGCUAUCUUCAAGACCUUGUUGCCAGACAAGGAAUGGGCAGCCCGCAGCAAAAACGUGAAGUCGGCUGCCAAGGCUUGGCUGGCCAGCCUUCGCGUCCCAGCAGCUGACGUGGUGGACAUCUUCAAGCCCUGCCGCAGCGAGGACGGCAACAUCCUCUCCGUGAACGUCCGUGUCGCGGCGCCUCACGCCGAGCUCAUCGACAGGGCUUCUGGAGACGUCGUGGAGAGCUUCUGGAUUGCCACGGUCGCUUACCAUCCAGCAGUUUGCAGAUUGGUUGACUACGAGUUCGUGGCCAGCUGUGGAUAUCUCUACCAUUCGGCGUCGGUGGCGGCGCCCGCAGAGAAGGAAACCAAGGCGGCCAAGCGGGCUCGACUAUCUGAUGACGCUGCUGCUGCUAAUGGGGGCGACGCCGCCAUGGCCACAGCCAAGGAAGAGGUCUUCGAGGACCUUGGCCUCACCGUCAGGACGGUGCCCACGGACGGCGCCUGCUUCUUCCACUCGUUGAAGUUCUGCUUCGAGAAGGCCAAGCGGUCUACUACGUGCUCGGCGGCGCUGCGGGCGCAGACGGUGGCGCAGCUCGAGCAGCGGAGCCACAUCUGGGUUGUCUUCCGGAGCGGCCAUUUCGAACCUUUGGACCCCAGCAUGGGCCCUACGCACAGUCAGAACCGUCGCGAGCACAUUGCCGCGGUGGCGGAGUACAACCGCCUCAGGCCGCGCCGCGGCCACUUCGGCUCCAUCACGGACGUUGGGCUGCCGGAGUGCUGCCUCUGCUCCAGCAUCUUCAGCUUCUGGUACAUUGCGCAGUGGGCGGUCUUCUUCCGCGAGGGCGCCAGCUGCCCGCAGCGCUGCUGCGGAGACGAUCCCGGCCGGGGCUGCCAGCGAGGGCACAGGCUGGGCACCCUGGCGCUGUCGCACAUGUCCAGGGCCGCGGCCGUCGAGUACGCCAAGCAGUGCAUCGAAGUGAACGCUGCCGUGCCCGCGGCGGCGCCUGUCCGCAAGUGCCCGGCCGCCGUCUCGUUCAGAGAGGCGCAGCGGGCGCGGUCCACCUUGCCGCGCAGACGCCCUGCUGCGGCACCGCCAGUUGGCCCGCCGAACGCCUGGAGCGCGUCGGCCGUGCAGACCGCUGCACGCUAUCGCGCCGCAGCCGGUGCCAUCGAUUGGCUGUGCUCGCCGGAGUUGCUCGACUGCGGCAUCCGAUGUGCAAAGUGCCCCCGUGUAUGGCGCGGCACUGUGGCGCAGACGGCCCCUGCCCGGUUUUGCGCCAAUGCGACCUGUCUGAGUUGUUCGACGCCUCCUCAAGGGCCUCGGGAGAGGGCAGCCGAGCUCGUCAAGCUUGGCCUGGUCCGCCCCAAGGCCGGCCGGCGCGCAGUUGCCAUCAGCCGCUUCCUUUUCAUGGACAUCACCACCCAGCAGACGUCGAAGUUUGAUUCUUGGAAGUGUCCGCUGUGUCCGUUCACUCUGCCGACGGGGACCCAGAGCCCCGAGUGCGUUACCCGACAGCAUCUGCUUGCCCACGGCGCUGCGGGGAAGGACAUCCUCUUCCAGGCGCGCCCGGCCCACUCCGCAGAGCAGAAGGCCCUGAUGCGCCGACUUGCGGCUUCUGCGGAGCUCCGUGCGAAAAUGAUCCAGACCGCGCGGGGCGAUCACUGUGCCAAGCUGGAGGCGAUCAACGGUUCUUCCGAGAUGGGCCUGCCGCCUGGCCGCGGCCAUCCCGAGCAGCCAAGGGCACAGCCGCCGACCGGGAGCGCCGCCUCCAGCGCAAGCGGGACAAGCAUGCCGUCUAUGCGCAUGCACGGCGGCAGCGACGCGGCCUCCUUUGACCUGAUGGUGAAGGACGCCAUGAAGCUGCUGACGCUCAACGUCGGCAGCUACACCAAGCGCAGGGCUGCUGUUUUGGCUCUGCUGGCUGAGCAUCUGCCUCACGUGUGUUGCCUCCAGGAGUGCAGCUUGACUAACGGACAGCAGCACAUUUUGAGGCAGGACCUGCAAUCGCUGGGUUACUACCCCCUGGUGGGCUCGAAGGGCCUGUGUACAGUCGUCCGGGAUGGCUGCAAUAUCGCCCCGACGGCCCCGCUACCUCAUGAUCAGGAUUUUCGUAUCCAACGCCUGGCACUUCAGCUAGGUCAGCACCGUGUUCUGCUACGGCAUCGACACGCUCAUUCCGGCUCGGCGGCCGAGCGCCGACGAUUCGAUGACAACCUUUUGGCCGAAAGUGGCACUCUUACAAUCGAUAUUGGCGACUUCAACGAGUACCCUGCGCAGGUGGAUGCGGACAGCUACGCAGUGGUAUUUCCUGAUUGCCCUACGUACAGGCUCAAUCCUGCUACGGACUCGUGGUCAACUACAAUUGACGGAGCGGUUCUGUCUACUGCAUUGGCUGCCACAGCCAGUGCGCAGGGCCUGGAGCCCCUCCCUGGUGUCCAACAUCGACCUGUUCUUAUCGAGGUCGGUCUCCGCCCUGCCUUUCAUGAAGCUCUCCGGUUGAGCGUCUCCGAGGCGCUCAAGCUGGGCGCGUGGACGACGGCGCAGAAGGAUGACUUCACCGCCGCGGUGUCUACAGAUAUUGACUUGGCUUGGGAAGUAUGGCAAAAUGCAGCUGGAGCCCCUGUUGCGCAAAUCUUACGACAAGCCUCUGGCGGCAGCUGGUCGGCGGGCUUGCGCGCCCGCGAGUUGUCCGGGCUCUGGAAGACGUUCAGACGCCAACGGCACGAUCUACGGUACGAUGCGGCGGAGCACACCCUCAGCCUCAUUACUUCCAUCAUUGAUGACGGCAGCGCGGGGCGCCUACAGGCCUGGCGAGAGCGCACCGCCACGCGGGGAGGCGCCGCGAAAUGGGUCAAGGCGCGGGUUCUGAGCUUGCGGGACGCCGUCUUGCCUCGAUUCGGCGCUGCUGUUUUCUCUGCCCGGGAGCUUGCACGACGACUUGGACUCGAACUUGCAUCCCGGUGGAAUUCUGGAGUAUAUCAGGUGUCUCAUUUGCCUGGUUUGCGAGUCGAUUUUGCGCGCUGCCCCAUGGACCCGGCCAUCUUGACGGAGAAGCGGGGGCCGCCACCGCCGUUGCGACGGGAACCUUUUGACUUACGUGUGCUACCCGCCGUGCCUGCCUACGCCCCCCCGGGCAACUGGGGGCCGGAGCACAUCCUGGAGUACUUGCCACAAGGAGCGUGCGGCAUCGAGGGCCACCACGCUGCUUGGAUCGAGUGUUUACAUCGAGAUUCUCUGGAGCGGCUUGCUGCACUGCUCAACGCUGCUGAUCAAGGUCGUAUGCCUCGUUUCUGGGCUCACGCGAGGGUCACGCUUAUACCCAAAGGCCCAGAUGCACCUUCUGACGAGAGACGCCCGCUGACCGUGCUACCUAUCACCUACCGGUUAUGGGCCAAACGACACGCGGCGUCGCUGACCCAAUGGCUGAUGCUAUGGAAACCACGCGGCCUCACUGGAGCCAUGCCCGGGCACUGCUCUCCCGAGGUUUUGUGGCAGAUCCAGACGCGCCUCGCGCAGGCCCGGUUGGGCGAUGAGGACGCAUGGUUCGUGUUGUCAAUGGAUCUGGAGAAAUGCUUCGACCGACUGGAUCUUAUCAAUUUGCGUGCUCUUGUCCAGCAUCUACAUCUGCUUGCGUGCACGCAUGCACUGACCAAUUACCAAAAGCUUACCCGUCUGCUGUUCGUAGACAACCAGCCUACGGACGUAUGGCUUCAGGGCGACAAUUUGGUCGGGGUGCCUCAAGGGUGCCCGCUUGCUUGUUUCAUGUGCAAUCUGACAUCCGUCCUCUGGCACCUGCAUGCGGAGAGGGCUGUGCCGACUGCGUUGCACUUCUCUUACCUCGACGACCGGUUCGUCAUGGCGCGCUCGUGGGACGACCUCGAGGCGAUCCUCGCCGCCACCCAGCAGGUUGACCUCGCGAUCGGCCCGGUGCUCAAUCUGGGGAAAUGUGCGCGGGGCGGCGUCGUCGCCAAAGGCCGGCGGGCACCUCCCUGCCAUGGUCGCGCUCUGUCACGUAUCGAGUGCCGCAAGAGCUUCCGCUACUUGGGCAUUGAUCUUAUCAUGGGCCCGGCUGCGCCGGCACCAGUGGCUACACGGCGGCUGGCCGACUAUCGUCUGCGACUCGGUGUUGUUCGUCUUCUUCCUUAUGCUCAACGCGGUGCUGGCGUCGCGGACGCCACGGCGGCUCUGUGGGCAGAAGGCGGCUUCGCUUACACCAAGGGCCAGUUCACGACGGCGGUGUCUACGGCAGCCACCGCGCUCAUGGGCAGUGCGCGCCCAGGGACGGCCCUCCAGUUCGGGCCUUUCGUGCAGCUGGAGCGGGCGUGCGCCUUCCUCAACAUCCAGUGCGACUGCGUCGGCUGGCUGGGGUGUCUAAGCGGCUACAUGACCUUCGUGUCUUUCUUCGUUAUUGUGUCACUGCUCAAGAAGCUGCCCGGCGUCCGCGUGACUUUGGCGGCCUCGAAGGCUCUGGCAGACCACCGAGCGGGCAAGCCGGUACGUUUGACAAUGGACCAGCCGCGUUCCAAACCACUCAUGACAAUCUAUCGUUCUGCCCUGCCGCCGCUGAAGCGCGUCAAGCCCGGCAUGGACGUGGCAGCUGUCCGGCGGGCCGCCGAGCCGGCCGAUCAUCUUCCUGCACAGCCUGGAGCUGGAGACUUUCAGUACCCGCUCGACCUCACCCUGUCUUGCGAUGGGUCGUCGAGAUCUGUGAACGACGAGGAAGCCUCGGGCUGGGGUUUCACUGUGGCGGCCCCCGGAGGCCAUGCGCUGCUGGAUUACUGCGGCCCCACAGUUACCAACGUCAACGACCCUUGCUACAUCGGGGCCACACAGCACUCCAACAACGUCGGAGAGCUCAGCGCCCUCUUCUUCGGCCUCUCGUGGUUGCGGGGCCACUUGAGCACUGCCGCGCGGCAGCCGGCCAAGGCGAUCAUUGAGUACGACUCGGAGUACGCGGCCGGUGUCAUUCAGCGGCGGACCCGGGCACGGCAGAAUCUCACGCUCGUGCUGAGAGCCCGCCACAUCUACGACCAGAUCUUUUCUUCCAUCGAAUGGCGCAAGGUGGAAUCCCACACGGGCCAGUUCUUGAACGAGAGAGCGGACCAUCUCGCCAAUUGCGGUGCGAGUGGCAUGUACUGCGGGCUGCCGGAUGCGACCCGUCCUGAGAUCGCCACCUGCUUCUUCAUCGCCUUCGAUGGCUUCCAGGCGUGGCCCAAGAAGAGCCUGAAGACGUGCAGCGUGUGCUGGAGUGACCGGCAGGGCCUCGAGAACAACAUCCGCGUCUACCGCAACUUGGGGGUCAUGAAGCAGACCACCGAGGUCUGGAAGCCGGCACUCUUCUCGAAGGGCAGCCGGGUGCCGUUCCCCGCGCCCACGAGGAGGAUUCGGCGCCUUACCGGCAGACUGGCCCCGACGCAGCGCGGCUCCCACCGGCUCGGGCAGCGGAUGUUCAGCGACG